UACUGGAAGAUGUUUCAAUGCUACAGAUAAAACCUGACCAAUUCACCUACACCUCCGAUCACUUUGAAAUUAUAAUGCAAUAUGCUGAGAAAAUGAUUAGAGAUGGGAAGGCUUAUGCAGAUAACACACCUCCAGAUCAAAUGAAACAAGAACGUGAGCAAAGGAUUGAGUCUAAACACAGGGCAAAUUCUGUGCAGCAGAACAUGAAAAUAUGGGAAGAGAUGAAGUCUGGAACUGAGUAUGGGCAAACCUGCUGUUUACGAGCAAAGAUUGACAUGACUUCCAAUAAUGGUUGCCUCAGGGACCCCACGAUCUAUCGAUGCAAGAACACGCCACAUCCUCGCACAGGGCUCAAAUACAAAAUUUAUCCAACGUAUGACUUUGCAUGCCCUAUAGUGGACAGCGUUGAAGGUGUCACACAUGCACUUAGAACAACAGAAUACCAUGACCGGGAUGAACAGUAUUACUGGAUUAUUGAUGCUCUGGAAAUUCGAAAACCUUACAUAUGGGAGUACAGCCGCCUUAAUCUAAAUAACACUGUACUAUCAAAGAGGAAACUAACGUGGUUUGUUAAUGAAGGACUUGUGGAUGGAUGGGAUGAUCCUCGCUUCCCAACGGUGCGUGGAGUCCUGCGGAGAGGCAUGACUGUUGAGGGAUUGAAACAGUUUAUUGCUGCUCAAGGUGGCUCAAGGUCCGUUGUGAACAUGGAGUGGGACAAACUCUGGGCUUUUAACAAAAAGGUUAUUGAUCCAGUGGCACCUCGGUAUACAGCAUUAUUAAAGGAUGCAGUAGUGCCUGUGAAUGUGCCAGAGGCCAAGGAAGAGAUGAAAGAUGUGGCCAAGCAUCCUAAGAAUCUGGCUAUAGGGCUGAAGCCUGUGUGGUAUGGACCGAAAGUACUAAUUGAAGGAGCAGAUGCAGAAACUUUCACAGAAGGAGAAAUGGUGACAUUUAUUAAUUGGGGUAACAUCAACAUCACUAAAAUUAACAGAAAUCCCAGAGGAAAGAUUACAUCGCUUGAGGCUAAAUUAAAUCUAGACAACAAGGAUUAUAAAAAGACAACAAAGAUUACAUGGUUAACUGAACAUCCACAAGCUCCAUUGGUUCCCACAGUAUGUGUAUACUAUGAGCAUCUAAUCAGCAAAGCUGUGAUUGGCAAGGAUGAAGAUUUCAAGGAAUAUGUUAAUCGAAACAGCAAGCAAGAAGAACUAAUGCUGGGUGAUCCUUGCCUUAAAGAGCUUAAAAAAGGAGACAUCAUCCAACUACAAAGAAGAGGAUUUUUUACCUGCGACCAGCCAUAUGAACCAGUUAGUCCAUAUAGUUGCAAAGAGUCACCUUGUGUUUUGAUCUACAUCCCUGAUGGUCAUACCAAGGAAAUGCCAACAUCUGGUUCCAAGGAGAAGAGUAAACAUGAUGCAGUUAAUGUGAUGAAAGCUGACUCUGCAUCAUCUCCUACUGUAUCAUCUCAUGCGGACUCCACUGUCUCAACAUGUGAGGCUGUUGACCUUACUGCACUUUACAACAAAGUAGCUCAACAAGGUGAAGUUGUACGUGAAUUAAAGGCAAAGAAAGCAUCCAAGGAAGAGGUGGAUGCAGCGGUAAAAGGACUUUUGAGCUUGAAGGCAGAAUACAAGCAGCAGAGUGGUACUGAAUACAAACCUGGAAAGCCACCUGCAGCUACUGCUAGUCCUGUGUCUGCACCAAAAACCUCGGAUUCAACGAUUAGGAUUCUGUAUGACAAGGUGCAUCAACAAGGAGAGGUGGUUCGAAAGCUCAAAGCUGACAAAGCCCCAAAGGAUAAGGUGGAUGAGGCAGUAAAAUCACUCCUAGCCUUAAAAGUGGAGUAUAAACAGAAUACUGGUGAAGAGUACAAACCAGGGAAGCCACCUGGUAUACCAGUUGUGUCAGAAAAUCCAAACAUUAUCUCCACUGCAGAAGCAACAGGACUUGAUGAGAAAACACUACACAGCAAAGUUGCAGAGCAAGGAGAUGUUGUACGCAAACUUAAAGCAGAGAAAGUUGCUAAGGCAGUGAUAGAUGCUGCUGUGGCUGUACUUCUAGAUCUGAAGAGCCAAUAUAAGACUUUAACAGGAUUGGAGUAUAAACCGGCUGCAAGUACGGAUGGUGAGAACAAAAACAAAAAAGAGAAACAAAACAAAUCAGAGAAACAGAAUAAGUCCGACAAAUCAGAGGGACAUAAAGAUACAGCAAAAGAACAGGAGAAGGGAUCAAGUAACGGAGGUGCAGGUGAAGGCCCAGGACCGAAGAAACAAACCAGAUUGGGCAUUGAAGCAAAAAAAGAAGAAAAUCUAGCAGAAUGGUAUUCACAAGUCAUUACAAAAUCCGAAUUGAUUGAAUAUUACGAUGUCAGUGGCUGCUAUGUUCUCCGACCCUGGUCUUAUAGUAUCUGGGAAGCCAUCAAAGACUUCUUUGACCGUGAGAUUAAGAAACUUGGUGUGGAGAACUGCUACUUUCCCAUGUUUGUGUCUCAGGCAGCCCUUGAGAAGGAGAAAUCACAUAUAGCAGAUUUUGCCCCAGAGGUUGCUUGGGUAACAAGAUCAGGGAAGACCGAGUUAGCAGAACCAAUUGCUGUUCGACCAACAAGUGAAACAGUCAUGUACCCAGCUUAUGCCAAAUGGGUGCAGUCACAUCGUGAUUUACCAAUAAAACUCAAUCAGUGGUGUAACAUAGUGCGUUGGGAAUUCAAACACCCACAACCAUUUCUACGCACUCGUGAGUUUUUAUGGCAGGAAGGGCAUACAGCAUUUGCUACUCGUGAGGAGGCCACAGCAGAGGUUUUGCAAAUUCUGGAACUGUAUGCACAAGUAUAUGAGGAUCUACUUGCAAUCCCUGUGGUAAAAGGAAGAAAGACUGAAAAAGAAAAGUUUGCAGGUGGUGACUAUACAACUACGGUUGAGGCCUUUGUAUCAGCCAGUGGAAGAGCCAUCCAGGGAGCAACUUCGCACCAUUUGGGACAGAAUUUUUCUAAGAUGUUUGAGAUUGUGUUUGAAGAUCCAAAGAAACCUGGAGAGAAGCAGUUUGCAUAUCAGAACUCCUGGGGGCUUACAACUCGAACUAUUGGGGUUAUGACAAUGGUCCAUGGCGACAACCAAGGUCUGGUAUUGCCUCCAAGAGUUGCUUGUGUACAGGUUAUAAUAAUACCAUGUGGAAUCACAAACACACUCUUGGAAGAAGACAAAGACUGUUUAAUAAAAAAGUGUAGCCAGUAUCUUGACCGGUUGACCAAUGUUGGAAUUCGUGCUCGGGCUGACUUGAGGGACAACUACUCACCUGGCUGGAAGUUCAACCACUGGGAGUUGAAAGGUGUACCAGUCAGGCUAGAGGUUGGACCACGGGACAUGAAAAAUAAUCAGUUUGUCGCUGUCAGACGAGAUACUAUCAACAAACUGACAAUAGCAGAGGUUGAUGCUGAGAUGAAGCUGAAGAAUUUAUUGGAGGAAAUCCAAAACAAUCUUUAUAACCGAGCUGCUCAGGAUCUAAAGGAGCAUAUGGUUUUGGCUGACACAAUGGAACAAUUUCAGCAAGAGUUGGAUUCAGGAAAGAUUGUGCAGAUUCCUUUUUGUGGUAACAUAGAAUGUGAAGAUUGGAUCAAGAAAACAACAACAAGGGAUCAGGAUAUUGAGCCUGGUGCACCAUCUAUGGGAGCCAAGAGUCUCUGCAUUCCUUUCAAACCUCUUCGUGAACUACCACCUGGAGCCAUAUGCAUCAGUGGCAAGGAGCCUGCCCAACACUAUGUACUUUUUGGCCGCAGCUACUAAUUAGGAAACCAAGUGUGAAAAAAAUAUCAUGUCUUUGACCUUACCUGUUUUUAUAAGAUGAAAAAUUAUAGUUACUUUCACCUUUUUUGUGUAUUUUUAUCUAGUUAUGAAAAUAAACUGUAUCAUCAAUUAAAACAAAACUCCUAGGGCUAUGGCUUACAAAUAGGUUCCAGAUAUCUUACUCAAUAGAAAUAAACCUUUAAUGAAUAUAUUUCUCUUUGUGUGUUGUUUAAACAGUGUAAUGACUAACUCUAUCAUUAUCUCUACCAACCCACUUUCCCAUGCAUUGAAACAAGCACAGUGAAGGCUGGAGAAACUCAGCAGGUUCCGAAGGACAGCCAUACUGACUCAAAACAUUUUCUCUGUGCAGAGAAAAACAGACGCUGCCAGACCUCCGAAGUUUCUCCAGCUUUUUGUUUCAGAUUCCCAAUAUCAGCAGUAUUUUGCUUGUAUUUCUGUAAUUUGAUCUGUCUCACCAGAGUGAUUAUCACAAAUGCAAAAAUGGGUGAGGUGAUGUCAGUUGCUGAUGUUCCGCAUGUCUGGGAGAACCAGUGACUGAAAAUCCAGAAACAGAGCAAAGAGGCGUUUGGUAGCAGUGACCAUUCUGUUGGCAAGGUCUGUGUGGUGGGUGAGAGAGUCAGCAGCUUUGGACUGAAUUUAGAUGGGCAGAGGAAGACUUGCAACAUUGAGAUUCUCCCCUCUUUCCCCUUACUUUUCUGAUUGCCUGAGGUCUGGCUCAACCAACUAUCCUUUUGUAGGGAAGGUAGUUGUGUCGUCACUUUUAAAUGCUUUUGUAGGUCGUGGGUGUUGCUGGCUGGUGUCAGUCGCUAGGUGCCCUUCAGAAGAUGGUGGUGAGCUGCUGCCUUGAACUGUUGCAGUCCAUUUAGUACAGGUAGACCCACAAUGCCAUUAGGGUGAAUCUUCUGGAAUAUUGGCCUAGUUGCGUUGAGGGAAUGGCGAUAUAUUUCCAAGUCAGGAUGGUGAGUGUUUUGGAGGGGAAUUUGCACAUGGUGAUCCUAUAUAUCUACUGCCCUUUUCCUUCUAGAUGAUAGUGAUUGAGAACUACCAAGUAGAGUUCAUGUGCCCGCAAGCUCCUUGUGCCACUUAGUUGUAAUGUUCCUAUAAAACACUGGCUUGACUCUCGUUUACAGAAAAUGAUCAUUUCUUGUAGAAAUUUUGCAAUGAAUCCACAUACUUGGCUACAACAACUUAGUCUAGACUCAGUUGUUUGAAUUAAUUGUAUAAUAAAAUAAACAAAAUUUCAGCAUUUUAAAAGAGCAAUCUAACUGGUAUCUCUGCUAACUCAAUUCUGUAUAACUUGCCCUGAAAAGCAAACUAAAACAGAGGCAACAUUGCAACAUGGAUUGGAAAUUGACUGGGAGGUAGGAGAGAGAUUAAUGGAUACAUAUUCUGAUCGGUUAUUUGCUUCCAAUUGUGUUUUACAGAGAGCUGUGCAAUGGAGUCAUAGAGUUGUACAGUAUAGAAACAGACCUUUCAGUUAAACUUGUAAAUGCCGACCAUGUAUCCUAAGUUAAUCUAGACCCAUUUGCCAGCAUUUGGCCCGUAUCCCUUUAAAUCCUUUCUAUUCAUGUACCCAUCAAGAUGCCUUUUAAAUGCUGUAAUUGUACUAGCCCCUACCACUUGCUCUGGCAGCUCAUUCCAUACACACGCCACUCUGUGUGGAAAAAGUUGCACCUCUAGGUCCCUUCUUAUAUCUUGUCCCCUCUCAGCUUAAAUCUGUGCCCUCUAGUUUUGGAUUCUCUUACCCUGGAAAAAAGACCUUGGCUAAUCACCUCAUCCAUUCCCCUCAUGAUUUUAUAAACCUCUAUCCCCUCAACCUUUGACGCUCCAGGAAAAGAAAUCUCAGUCAGUUCUGCCUUUCCCUAUAGCUCAAACCCACCAAUCCCAGCAAAAUCCUUGUAAAUCUUUUUUAACCCUUUCAUGUUUAAUAGCAUCCUUCCUAUAACAGGGAGACCAGAAUUGAACACAGUAUUCCAAAAAUGACUUACCCAAUGUCUUGUACAGCCGAUACGUGACAUUCCAACUCCUAUAUUCAAUGCGCUGAAGGCAAGUGUUCCUAUCACCUUCACAAUGUUGUCUACCUGUGACGCUACUUUAAAGGAACAAUGAACCUGCACCCCAAGGUCUCUUUGUUUGGUAACACUCUGCAGGACCCUACUAUUGUGUGUAAGUCCGAUCCUGAUUUGCCUUCGUUUAUCUAAAUGGAACUCCUUCUGCCACUCAGCCCAUUGGCCCAUCUGAUCAAAAGUCCCUUUGUACUCUGAGAACCUUGUUCACUGUCCAUUACACCAAUAAUUUUGGUGUUGGCCUAAAUUUUUCAUGAAUGAAGAACUAGGGAGUUGUAAAUAAAAAAAUUGCAUAUGAUGCUAAUCUGGGAGGCAUAGUAUGUAGUGCAUAUGGUUACAAAGGAUACUGAAUAAUUAAAUAAAUAGGAAAAACUGACAAAUGGAGUUCAAUGUGGCAAAGUCAUAAGCUAUGAAUCCAUAAAGGAAUUGGAAUAUUUCUCAGGUCAUAUGUUAGAAAAGUGGUGCAUAAUGGGGUAGAAGUACACAUCACUACAGGUUGAUAGAAAGGUCCAAGAGCGAAUAAAAUAUUGGCCUUUAUUUCAAGGUGAUGCAAAUGUAAUUGAGGGUAAGAUAUGCUUCAGUAUUAUACAGCAAUGCUGAAACUCUAACUAAAACUGAAAUGCUGGAAAUACCCAAAACGUCUGGCAGCAAUUGUAGCAAGAGAAACUGUUAACGGCUCAGAUUUAAGAUGUUUUAUCAACCUAAGAAUUUAAUGCCAUUUCUCUCACCAUUGCCGUUGCUGGAUCUGUUGAGUGUUUCAGUGAUUGUAAUGCCAUCUGGAGUACUUUGUAUUCAAUAUUUUUGAUGUUAUUCACCAUAUUUAUUGUUAACCUCACUUUUUUUAAAAAAACUCUUUCAUGAGACGUACCUUGCUGACUCAGCUAACAUUUAUUGCCCAUCCCUAAGUGUCCUUGAGAAAGUUGCGGUGAGAUGUCUGCUUGAGCCACUGCAGUCCUUGGGAUGCAGGAAAGUACAUGGUUCUGUUAGGAAGGGAAUUCCAAGAUGGGUGAGUUAUUGAAGUGCAAUAAUUGGUAAAUGGUACACACUGCUGCUGUGCAUCAUUGGAGAUGGGAGUGAAUUAUGAAGGCUGUGGAUAGGUGCUAAUCAAGCAGCUUGCUUGUCCUGAAUGGUAUGGGGUUUCUUGAGUUAUGGAGCAGCAUCCAACCAAACAUGUAGAGAGUAUUCCAUCAUAUUGCUGACUUGUACCAUUAGAGAUGGCGGACAAGCUUUCAGUCAGCAAGUUUUUAAAAAGGCAUAUUUCCUAGCCUCUAACCUGCUCUGGUAACCACUGUAUUUAUGUGGCUAAUCCAAUUCAGCUUCUCGUCAAUAGUAACUGCUAGGAUGUUGACAGUGGGAGACACAUCGUUGGUGGUGUUACUGGAUGUCAAGUACCACAAGGGUCAGUGCUUUGUCUACAACAGUUCACAAUCAAUAUAAAUGGUUUGGAUAUGGGGACUAGCUGUAAUACUUCCAAAUUUGCUGAUGACACACCAUACUGUGUGGAAAUACAUGUCAUGAGGAGCAUAUAGGGUUUCAAGAAGGCACAGACAGGUGAAGUGAAUGGACUAGAACACAACAGAUGAAAUUUGAAUAGAUCUGGAGAUAUUCACUUUGAUGGGAAAAAAAAACCAAAAGGCAGAAUAUUUCUAAAAUGAUGAAAAGUUGGGGAGUAUGAGUGCCCAAAGGGAUGAGGUGUCCUCAUCCAUAAGUUGCUUAAAGUUAGCAUGGAGGUGCAGCAAGCAUUUAGCAAGGGAAGUGGUAUAUUGGCUUUGAAUUCAAGGGAAUUUGAGUAUGGGUGAAAACAUUCAAAUGAAGGUAGAAUACUGCAGUCGCUGGAAAUCUUUAACGGAAUGCUGGAAAAACUCAGCAGGUCUGGCACCAUCUGUGAAAAAAGAGUUAACAUUUUGAGUCUGAUUAAACUAUGUUGCCAGACUGGCUGAGUUUCUGCAGCAUUCUCUGUUUGUUACAGGAGUAACAUGUCUUGCUACAAUUGCAUAAACCCUUGGUGAUGUCUCACCUUGAGUACUGUGUAUAGUUUAUCAGCAGAGGGGAAUGCACUGGAGGUUCACCAGAUCAAUCCCUUGUAUAGCGGGACUGUUGUGAGGACUUUAUAUUAAUUUACUGGAUGUUAGUGUUACUGGCAAGACCAGCAUUUGUUGACCAUUCUUAAUUGCCCAGAGGGUAGUUAAGAGUCAACCACAUUGCUGUUGGUCUGGAGUCACAUGUAGGCCAGACUGGGUAAGGACGGCAGCUACCUCCCCCAAAGGACUUUAGUGAACUAGAUGGGUGUUUUCCAACAAUCGACAAUGAAUCAGUCACUGGCUCGUGUAGCAGUAUACUUCUGGGUAUUUCCUAGUUCGGAAUUCGGUCAUGAACUCUGUGCAUUUUAAAGCAUCUUCCGGAAAGUAUACAGAAUAAAAUUAGAUGUUCUUUUAAUCCAUAAAAUAAAAGCAACAUUUUUAAUACUGUUUUAGAAUAAUUUACAAGACGGGGGUGGCGAGUUCUGGGUUUCCCCGCAUUUAUUUGUUUUUCUUUAAAUUUUUGCUUCUACUUUUACCUUCUGGUGAUCGGCUGGUGAAGAGCAUCGUCCAGAGGGAGACUAUUGAUGGUAGCAGCCUCAGGCGGCUUGUGGGCCCGAGUUCUGGAGUUGGCAGCAACGUGACGGUUUCAGAGUUGGCCAGCUGGUAGAAGGAGGAUGUUUCGGAGGCGAUUGCAGCAGUGAAGGCAGCAUGCUACACUCAUUGGCAUUGUGGCUGUGUCCUAGUAUUGUGGUGGGUCUGGCCCAAGAUUCCAACGGCCCUGGAUUCGGUGGCUUUGAUGUUGGCUUUCUGCGGUGGCGGAGAAUGUAGAUCCUGUUUUUACCUUGAAGACAGACUUUGUCUUAAUUUUUACAUUUUUUAUGUAUGAUUUCUGUUAUAGCUGCCGGAGUAUGGCGACUUAAACACUUUUCACUGUAUUUUUUGUAAAAAUAUAAGUGACAAUAAAUUACUAAACUAUU